GCAACACUGGCAGUCCUUUAUAGGGCGGCAGACUCCAAGCUGUGGGACUUCCUGAUUCCAGGUGGCUGUCGUGGGUGUUUCUCCUUGUUCUUUAGGAAGCCUGGGGAGCAGUGGGGCAGCCAUGGGGCUGCUGACUGGGGACAGCCUGUGGCCUUUGGCCGUAUUCACAGUCAUCUUCAUAUUACUGGUGGAUCUGAUGCACCGGCGCCAACGCUGGACUGCCCGCUACCCACCAGGCCCUGUGCCAUUGCCUGUGCUGGGCAACCUGCUGCAGGUGGACUUCAAGAACAUGCCAUACAGCAUGUACAAGCUUCGACAGCGCUAUGGUGACGUGUUCAGCCUGCAGAUGGCCUGGAAGCCCAGUGUCGUGAUCAAUGGACUCAAGGCGGUGCAGGAAGCGCUGGUGACCUGUGGAGAGUACACCUCUGACCGCCCUCCAAUGCCUGUCUUUGAACAUAUGGGCGCUGGCCCCAAAGCUAAAGGUGUGGCGUUAGCACCAUACGGGCCUGAGUGGCGAGAGCAGCGGCGAUUCUCUGUGUCCACCCUGCGCAACUUCGGCCUGGGCAAGAAAUCCCUGGAGCAGUGGGUGACAGAGGAGGCUGGACACCUCUGUGACGCCUUCUCCGACCAGGCUGGACAACCCUUCCAUCCCCGCAGUCUCCUGAACAAAGCUGCGUGCAAUGUGAUCUCAUCCCUCAUUUAUGCCCGUCGCUUUGAGUAUGGAGACGCACACUUUACCAAUAUGCUAAAUACAUUGGAAGAAAAUAUGGGAGAGAACACUGGCUUGAUUCCUGAGGUUCUGAACACAUUUCCAAUUCUCCUACGCAUCCCGGGGUUGUUUGACAAAGUCUUCGCUGGGCAAAAGAUCUUCAUGGACAUGGUGGAUGACAUCGUGGCUGAGCACAGAAGGACCCGGGACCCUGCCCAGCCACCCCGAGAUCUGACUGAUGCCUUCCUGGCUGAGAUGGAGAAGGCUAAAGGGAACCCUGAGAGCACUUUCAAUGAUGCAAAUCUACGUUUGGUUGUCUUUGACUUGUUUGGUGCUGGAAUGGUAACAACUACAGUCACACUGUCCUGGGCCCUGCUGCUCAUGAUCCUGCACCCGGAUGUGCAGCGUGAGUCUGGCUGGGGCUGGGAGGAAAGAAGAAGCAGAGGCCGCGUCCAAAAGGAAAUUGAUGAGGUCAUAGGGCAGGCGCGGCGUCCAGAGAUGGCAGACCAGGCCCGCAUGCCCUACACCAAUGCUGUCGUUCAUGAGGUGCAGAGAUUUGCAGACAUCGUCCCGAUGAAUUUACCACAUAUGACAUCCCAUGACGUUGAGGUGCAGGGCUUCCUCAUCCCCAAGGGCACGACCCUCAUCACCAACCUGUCCUCAGUGCUGAAGGAUGAGACUGUCUGGGAGAAGCCCCUCCGCUUCCAUCCUGAGCACUUCUUGGAUGCCCAGGGCCACUUUGUGAAACAUGAGGCCUUCAUGCCAUUCUCAGCAGGUCGCCGAGCUUGCCUGGGGGAGCCCCUGGCCCGCAUGGAGCUCUUCCUCUUCUUCACCAGCCUCCUGCAGCGCUUUAGCUUCUCGGUGCCCAGUGGACAGCCCCGACCCAGUGACUAUGGCAUCUUCUCAUUGCCAGUUAUUCCAAAGCCCUACGAGCUCUGUGCAGUCGUGCGCUAGCAAGGAGAGCCAUUCCAUCCUUCUCCCCAGCUUGUGCUGAUUGAUGUCCAAUAAACCUGGUCUGUGGCUGCAACUCAGA